GAGGGGGAAAGAAGGUCACUUUGGGAUUGUCGCGAGACACAGCCGUUUAACGGUGAGAACGGGUGCGCGGGGAAGGAAACCUCGCGCGCUCCCCUGGAGCCGUUUCCUGAUUGGUUGAAAGCAGGGGAGGAGGCGGGAACUCAGUACGUCUUUGCGUGUGGGAGCGCGGGGGGCGGCGCCAGGAGGCCGACCCUCCCCCUCCGAUUGGUCCGCGAAGUGUUGUGUGUGUGUGUGUGUGUGUGUGUGUGUGUGUGUGUGUAUGUAUGUGUAUGUGGCGGGCACGCGCGCGCGCCCCCAGCGGUAGCGGGCCUUGAGUGGCAGGAGUUGGGGGGGGCGCCCUCGGAGCGGGCGGAGGGGAGGGGGGGGAAGAGCAGGUCCGGGUGAGAGUGAGCCGGACGCUCCGGGCGGCGAGGGGGGCGGGGGGGAGCAGCGCCGCGGCCGCCACCGCCUCCGCCUGGGACGAGGGGGGGGUGGGGGUGGGGGACGGACGAGCCCCGAUGCCGGGGGAGACGGAAGAGCCGCGAUUCCCGGAGCAGCAGGAGCUAGCAGCGGGAGUGGCGGCGGCCCAGGCGGCUCCGGCGGAAUCGCAACCCCGGCCCGCGGAGACGACGACGACGGCGACGCCUGCGGGGACCACGAGCAGCCGCGUGCUGAGGGGAGGUCGGGACCGGGGCCGGGCCGCCGCGGCCGCCGCCGCCGCUGCUGCUGCCGCGGUGUCCCGUCGGAGGAAGGCCGAGUAUCCCCGUCGGCGGAGGAGCAGCCCCAGCGCCAGGCCUCCUGACGGCCCCGGGCAGCCGGGCCAGGCCGCGAAGCCCCCGUCGCCCGCGCAGGGCAAGAAGACUCCGCGGCUCCAAUGCAUAGAAAAAAUAACUGAUAAAGAUCCCAAAGAAGAGAAAGAAGACAAGUCUACCCUUCCUCAGGAAGUGUCCAUUGCUACAACUAGACCUAGCCGGGGCUGGCGCAGUAGUAGUAGGACAUCUGUCUCUCGCCUACGGGACACUGAGAAUACCCGAAGCUCUCGGUCCAAGACUGGUUCACUGCAGCUCAUCUGCAAGUCAGAGCCAAUUACAGAUCAGCUUGACUAUGAAGUUUCAGAAGAACAUCAGUCUCCUGGUGGCAUUAGUAGUGGUGAGGAAGAAGAGGAAGAAGAGAUGUUAAUCAGUGAAGAGGAGAUACCGUUCAAAGAUGACCCAAGAGAUGAGACCUACAAGCCCCACUUAGAAAGGGAAACCCCAAAGCCACGGAGGAAAUCAGGGAAGGUGAAAGAAGAGAAGGAAAAGAAGGAAAUUAAAGUUGAAGUAGAAGUAGAGGUAAAAGAAGAAGAGAAUGAAAUUAGAGAAGAUGAGGAACCUCCUAGGAAGAGAGGAAGAAGACGAAAAGAUGACAAAAGUCCACGGUUACCGAAAAGGAGAAAAAAACCUCCAAUCCAGUAUGUUCGUUGUGAGAUGGAGGGAUGUGGAACUGUUCUUGCUCACCCUCGCUAUUUGCAGCACCACAUAAAAUAUCAGCACUUGCUGAAGAAGAAAUAUGUGUGUCCCCAUCCCUCCUGUGGACGACUCUUCAGGCUCCAGAAGCAACUUCUGCGACAUGCUAAACAUCAUACAGAUCAAAGGGAUUAUAUUUGUGAAUAUUGUGCUCGGGCCUUCAAGAGUUCCCACAACUUGGCCGUGCACCGGAUGAUUCAUACAGGCGAGAAGCCUUUGCAAUGUGAGAUCUGUGGAUUUACUUGUCGACAAAAAGCAUCCCUUAAUUGGCACAUGAAAAAACACGAUGCAGACUCCUUCUACCAGUUUUCUUGCAAUAUCUGUGGCAAAAAAUUUGAGAAGAAGGACAGCGUAGUGGCCCACAAAGCAAAAAGCCACCCUGAGGUGCUGAUUGCAGAAGCUCUGGCUGCCAAUGCAGGCGCCCUCAUCACCAGCACAGAUAUCUUGGGCACUAACCCAGAGUCCCUGGCACAACCUGCAGAUGGCCAGGGACUUUCUCUUCUUCCUGAGCCCUUGGGAAACUCAACUUCAGGAGAGUGCCUGCUGCUAGAGGCUGAAGGGAUGUCCAAGUCGUACUGCAGUGGAACAGAGCGGGUGAGCCUCAUGGCUGAUGGGAAGAUCUUUGUGGGAAGUGGCAGCGGCGGGGGCGCUGAAGGGCUGGUCAUGAACUCGGAUAUACUCGGUGCUACCACAGAGGUUCUGAUUGAAGAUUCAGACUCUACUGGACCUUAGUGGAAAGGAAGACUUUGGGCACUGGGACAGUUCAGACUUUGUAUUUAAAACAAAAAGGACAAAAAAAAAAAAACAACCCAACAAUUUAAAGCAUUUAAAAUCUAGUAAAAUAACUGAAGGGCCUGCUCUUUCCAUUGUGGAUCACAGCACAUACACCCAUCCCCAUCCCCUGGACUCCUUCUCUUAUCUCCCCUAAAAAUAUCGAUGUUACCUUUCCCACAAAGGUAGAUAAAAAAGAAGCAGUCCCCAUACUCAGUUCCAGCCAGCAGCAGACUUCCUGCUCAUUGGCAGAUCCCCUUCUCAGACCUGUAAUUGAUGUACUCUGGAUCGGCUUUUAACUCUUAAUAGUAUAUUACUGUCUUCUAAAUCCUUUCUCCUCUUCUGCUGCCCUAUGGUUCUGGCUUCUACCUACUGCAACACAUGUAUCCUCAAAUAGUAUAUAAUUCUAAUCUCUGGAGGCUGGCAGCUUGACUUGGCACUUUAGGGCCCUCCCUUCCCCUCCCCCCCUUGCCAUAUGUGCUGUUAAAACACACAUCUCUUUAUCCCCUCUUCCUCCUUUCCCCUUGGGUUUGGGAGGAAAGAUACACGGGGACCAUCCCACCUCUAAUCCCAGCACCUCAGUCCCCCUCCCCAAGUUCCCUAAGGCUCUUCUGGUGCUCACUUGCCUAGAAGCAGGCUCCCAAGAGGAAUGGGCUGCCAUCUACAGCCUCUGGCUGUACCAUAGUGCUCUGGAUCAAUGAGAAAAGUCCCAGGCUAAUGGCAAAAUUUUGCACUUUGAACAUGUGUGUUUUUUUUUUUCUUUUGUGUUGUGGAACCUGAGAUUCCUUAUUUAUUAAUGGAAAGUCUGAUUUUUGGGGGUGGGGGAGGGCCUUUGUCUAUAUUUGGGGGGCUGGGAGAGAUUAUUCUGACAUGGGAUCCUUUCCACAAGAGGUACUUUAAAGGCAAAGCAUAGGGUUGAAGAAGCACAGCCAGCCUCUAAAAUCAGCUCUCCAGUGGCCUUAAAAGAUAGCUGGUCCUCUGAACUAACAAAAUCACUACAGUAGUCUAGUACUUUUUUGGAAGCCUUUUUAAAGGGAACGGUGAUAGGUUUGUGGUAACUAGUGUGCUCUUGACAUUUUUGCAGAGCAUUAAGAUUUAGAAAUGUUGAAAGGAUGAGAAGAGUGUUUUUCAGGGUCUGGAUUACAGAUAGAAGAUUUUCUCUUGUGAGUUUUCUUUUUUCCCCAAUCAUUUCCUUACAUAUACCCCCUUACAAGCCUGAUUCUGGCCUCUUAUUUUGUUUUUGCUCUUGUUACUCCAGCUCCGUGUUAGUGGAAGACUUGUCAUUAGUGAAGGAACAAAGUCAGGGAUCUCAAAGUUGAAGAAAACGUCGCUGCUUUGUUUUCCUUUUAAUAAACCUCAGAAGAGAAAAGGCUUCAAUAAAUAAAAUUGAUGUAAUGGCUUUGUCUUUCACCUAAAUUCUCACUUCCCUUGAGUAGGGAUUUUCAUAUGCUAUGUAUUGUUUAUUACUGUCAAUGGGAGACACAGGUAGUUUUUAUUUUUCUAGUUUAUAAUUCAUAAGGUGGAAAACUUAUUUGGGCUCAUUUUUAGAGAAUCAGAAAAGCAGCUCCUGUACUGUGAACCUUAGAAGCUAGAACUGAAGGCUUCCCCUAUUCAUUCAUUGUCCAUUGUCACAAGUGUAUGAUCGCUGUUGGAAAGAAUGGAGUUUUACUGAGAACAAAAUAAGAAACUGCUUGUUUUUCCAAACACUAAAACUACAAACUUUGAUUUUUUCUUUAUUUUUCCCCCCAAAAAGAAGAGCAACAAAAUGUCAUCUCUGAAAGAGGCUUACUGUUCUCCCACUCAUGUCAGUGGUUGGGACGCCAGAGAAUGGGGAGUGAGACACCUACAGUGAAGAGUUGAAAAUAUGCCAUUGUUGUGGGGUGUUUUUUGUUUUGUUUUCCUUUAAGAGAAUUGCAGAUUUGCCAUCCAGUGUGAGGGUCCAAAAUGAAAUCAGGAGAAAAGGGAUAUAGAUUAUUCACUCCUUCCUACAGUUGACUUUGGUACUUGUGAGUGGAUUUGAAAAUUCAGGAGAUUGAUGGGAUGGGUCUGUGGCAGUUGUCAAUUUUUGUACUGUUUGGCUGGCAUCUGUAUCCUGCACUUUUGAUCCUUAUUGCACUUAGUUUAUCUCCAUAGGUUUUCAUUAAGGUUAUUCAUUAGAUACAGUAGCCAUCCACAGGAAAGCAAAGUGCAUUAAAACAAAUGCCUCUUCUUUCUGGAAUGGGGGAAGGUGGAUGAGUCCCUGAAAAAAACUAAUUACCGUAACAGUCGAGUAUUUUUAUGAAUUAUACUGGUUUUUUUUCUUUUGAGAAAAGAGUGCCUAGCAUAAGAGGGUUAGAAGCAAACUAAGCCCAUUCCUAUUUCUUUCCUGUUCAUGCUAUUUCAUUCUUCCAUGCAACUCAUUUACUCUUGAAAGUCUAUUUCAUACUCUAUAGAGUCACCUUUUUUAUUCUUUAACUUAAUACUCUUCAUCUUGAAUUGGCAAUUCUAAAUUCUGGGGAUAUAGGUGAUAUAACUAAUUUUGGGGAGAUGUGCUUGCUUGCCCCUUGUUUGUGCUUACCCAGGGUAAUUUUUAUAACUACACUUCUCAAUAUAUUUCAGCACAUUUAAACCAAUGCUGGCUGGGAGUCCUUGGGAUAAAGAACUAGGAAAGUACAAGAAAACAUCCAUGUAGAGUACUUGAACCUCCUUUGUACAUGAUCGGAGGGGG